GUCCAGAAAGCAAACACCCUUCAAGAUAUCGAUGUUAGUAACCAAGCGUAACUGCAUACGUUUUGGAUAUUUUAUGUUUGCUGGACACUAUUUUUCUGAACGCCGGCUCGUCGUGGCCGUCAACCAGGCUCCGCCCCUUCGCCCGUUCCGGCGCCUAUGGGAGUUUCAGGCCCCACACCAACGGGGGUACCUCUUCAACCGAUGGGCGGUCCAUCGCCGCCCCAAACUGCGGGCGCGGUGCCGCCCACUCUGCCUCCUAAUCUGCCGACUCAACAACUGCCGCAACAAUCAACUUCUCAACUUGGCGGUGCUCCAGCGGCAGACGACCCGCCAAUGCCUGUUCUCCUACCAGAGAAGGCUAUCGAAUCGGGUGUGAUACGCUCUGGCGCUGCACUUCCAAUGCAAGUCCCACCACCUGAGCCCCUGGCUGGAGGCCCGUCCGCUGAAGGAGAUGAGAAAAUAAAGCCUGCCAACGCAAGUCCGUACUGCGACUUUUGCCUUGGCGACUCGAAAGAGAACAAAAAAACGGGCAUCAAAGAAGAGCUGGUCUCUUGUUCGGAUUGCGGUAGAUCAGAUAAAAGGAUCGCUGGACACUUGGAAUGCUAAGAAAGGCACUGCUGGCAUACAAAUUUCAACAACUACUUACGACCCUGCGUAUUCGUGAAACCAAGGGCACGCUGAGGCACAGGACCUCUCAGGUCAUUCUGAUGUUGUUCUAACAGUUGAAAGGUCGAAGUGUCUGUGUGUUGUGAUUUUGUGAAUAGUGCCGAUAUCAAGUUAAGGUCAAGGUUCGAUCAAACGUGCAAUGAAGACUUUUGGAGAACAGCAUACUGAAAUUUCUGACAAUUUGAACGGUAGUCAUUUGCCAUAAGGAAUGCUCCGUAUUCUUUGAGUAGUUACAUACGUACAUUAUAUUUAUAUUUUUUUGAUGGACUGAAAGAUCUUUUGUGUAGUAGAUGUAUUUCCAUUGAAAAGCACAGCAUACUAGUCUAUACAAAUCAUAUAAAAGUGUACUUAAGUCAGUGAUAGCCAAAAAAUGUAAAGAACAGUAAUUUUCCAAGAAUUUUUAUAGUCAUGUAGUGAAACUCGUUUUUCUGUGCAAUAAAAUGAUCUGAAUCAAA